GAUAAAGUUCUGUUUCCAUAACAACGGUUUCCAAACAAUGUUCUCUUUUUAGAAGCAGAACGAUUUCGAAGUUAAGAUAUUCUAUAACGAUGUUCGAAGAUAAAAGCAAUAGUAGCAGUAGUAGUAAUUUUACAGAAAAAGACGAAGAUGAAUCAGAAGAUUCUCGCUUCAUCUUUCUAAACGAUAUAACAAUGCUAAGUCUUAACUAUCGCCAUGAUAAGUGGGCACGAAUGCUUACCGUUGAAGACAACGUUAUGAAAAUAAAAGAAUUCCUAAAUAACCCUGUUCCAGAUUUAUUAAUCAUAUCAGAAAAUGCAGCAGGUCAAUUAGUAGCUUCUAAUGAAUAUCCAGAUACGAUUAAAGGAAAAGGAAUGUAUUUUUUAAAAUAUAAAAAGGAACCAAUUCCAAAAAAGAACUUAGUCGAUUCACUUGUAAUUGGUGAUUUUUCAUCAUCACCAUUGGAACAACUGAAUGUUUCACUAGAAGAGAUUAUAAUACCUAUCUUAAAUAACCAGAAAAAUCAUGAGCUAUGGCCCGAAUCGGUAUCAAUUGACAUUAAUCAUCAACUGCAAGAUUUUAAAAAUGAAGUAUGUAAAGCGGUAGGAUUAAUUAAUCAAAGAACAACUCUUCCUAUGCCAAUCGGAAUAGAGAAACUAGAUAAAAUUAAUAUUGACCUACUGAAUAGUGUGCCAGUGGAUGAUGAUUCACAGUUCAAACAACUUAUGUAUGCUAUUGAAACUGCAGUAGUUCAGUGGACAUCACAAGUCAAUGAGAUCAUAGAAAAAGAUUCUGACCCUGCAAUAUUGCAUGGAAAUCUUAUAGAACCUAAAAAUGAAUUAAUAUUUUGGAAUCAUCGCUAUAAAAAUUUGAAAUAUAUAUAUCAUCAAUUAAGUCAGUCUCGUGUACAGAAGAUGGGAAAAUUAUUAGAAAUUACUGAAAGUUGUUAUUUACCAUCUUUUAAAAAUAUGAUAAGGAAUGUAGUUGCAGGAGUAGCAGAAGCACAAGAUAUAAGCUUUCAUCUAAAACCAUUAGAGAGUCAUUUAUUGAAAUUUGAACAAACAGAUUUUAAGGAUAUUAUACCUGCCAUUUGCAUUUUAAUUCAAAUUAUAGGAUUGUGUUGGGCACGAUCUGAUUAUUUCAGAGCUCCAUCUAGAUUAAUUAUAUUGCUCCAGAAAGUUGGAAAUAAAUUAAUAAAUAUGUGCCAUGAUUGGUUAGAUCCAUCCAGUAUAUUAAAUUUGGAUGUAGAUGAAGCAUAUGAUAAAUUGGAAUUUGCUUCAAAAGUUUUAAAAGACUUCUGUAAUAUAUAUCAUGAAUAUUCUGAUAAUAUGGAAAAAUAUAUAUCUGGAAAUGUUGUUCAAUCUUGGAAUUUUUCUGAUAAAAGAAUAUUUGAACAUGUAAAUAAAUACUUAGAAAGAAUUCAACUUGUAAAGAAUUAUUUUCAUAUAUGCCAAGAGUACAGCAAAUUGGAAAAAGUAGAAAUUGGUGGUGUUAGAGGAUAUAGCAUGAGCUGCCAAAUACAAAAUAUUUAUGAAGAAUUUGUUAAUUGGAUGGAAAAUUUUUCAAAAUCAACAUAUGAUAUUUUUGAUGUGAAUGAUGAUAGAUUUUCUAUAGAUAAUCAGAAAUUUAUAGAAAGAGUUUAUGAUUGGGAGUCAAAUUCAAGUUAG